AUUGUGCUUUUCGAGAAGAACACCUUCCUCGUUAUCUCGGACGCCGGCACCAAAGCCAUCCAGGACUGCUGCCGCUUUGAGAAGCUCUCCAACAUCAUCAAGCGGUUUAAACUCAGCUGCCAGAAGGCGAAGACGAACUUCCACAAUUUCGAGGUGAAGAACGACAAGUUUCGAGCCACGAUGGAGCCCUUCCUCUCGCACAGCUAUAUCAUGGUUGUGGUCUCUGACCUUACCAUCACCUCCUCAGCCAUCUCUGCAAACCUUUGGGCGAUGGCCUCAGGAAGGCAUGGGACUUGCAGUCACAAGUCUUCCCAGACAGCAACGAAGCGGAGAUCAGCCUUGCAAGCAAAGACCUUCCUCCCCCCCUCUGCCGGCUUUCGCUUCAGUCAAAACUGUGACGUGCCCAGACAUGCCUAG